AUGCCUGCGAAGAGGAAGUCCGACAAGCGGGAUGAGCCGCCCUUCGUGGAGGAGGAGGGGAGUUACGUGCACGAGGAGGAGUCGGCGCGGUACGUUGGCGGGGUGCGGCGGGCGACGGAGGGCAACUUCCGCUGCCGCCACGGCCGCGGCGUGUUUAAGAGCCCCGUGAUCCGCUACGACGGCGACUGGCACGAGGAUGAGAUGCACGGCAGCGGCGAGCUGCGGUUUCUCGCCACCGGCGACGUGUACCGCGGCCAGUUUGCGCACGGCGUGUUUGAGGGGGUGGGGACGUACACGUGGGCCUCGGGAGCCUCCUACGAGGGCGCCUGGCGGUCCAACCGCAUGCACGGGCUCGGCACGUACACCGACGUGAAUGGCACGGUGUGGAGCGGCAAGUUCUACAACGGCACCGGCCCCGGCCUCAACCCCUUCUCGGGGGGCACAUGUAUAGGCAGGACCACCGCCGCGGCGGCGGCGGCCGAAGGCGAAGAAGAGGCGGGGGCGCCAGCAACCGCCGCCGCGUGA